UAAACAGAGCGCAAAUUUCUUCAUAUGGUAGAAAAACGACUUAGUGAAAGUACGCUUAAACAAAUUACAAAAAAGGAAUUUAUUGCUAUUUAUGGAAGAUAAUUUCGUAAUUUUUACAUAGUUCGGUGAUUAAUCUUUAUCGUGGUUCCCUGCAUUUAAUACUCUGGUAUUGGAUAAAUAAUAAAGGCUGGGCUGAAGUGAAUCGAUAAAAAAGAGCAGAAGUUUCGCGAGUGGUGUAAUGUCAGUAAGCGACCAGUUGUGAAAGAGUACAGACAUAUUUUGAUUUCGGCAGCUUUCAGAAAUUAAGAUUUAAACAUUCUGAGGGCUUUUAUACAAUGGCAACGCAGGAUUCACCUCGUUGUGGACGUUUUCAAGUGCUGUGUUACGAGCAAGUUGAGAAACUAGACAAAGUCUUGGAAGAUGCCAUUCCAAUUCACGGACGCGGAAAUUUUCCGACUUUAGAGGUAAAGCUCAAAGAUUUGGUACAAGUUGUGAGAGAAAAAUUACGGACAGAAGGGGUGAGUGUUCGAGAUAUUCGUUUGAAUGGCGGUGCUGCUAGUUAUAUUUUAGGAAAUGGUAAUGAAAAUGUCCAACCAUACAAUGACUUGGAUUUGAUCUUUGGAGUGGAUCUCACAAAUCAUAACGAAUUGCAGAAGAUUAAGAAUUGUGUCUUGAACUGUUUGUUGGACUUUCUUCCUGAUGGAGUGAACAAGGAAAAAAUGAGUAGCUGUAGUCUGAAAGAAGCCUACGUCCAGAAAAUGGUAAAGGUCUGCAAUGAGCAUGGUGACAGAUGGUCCCUGAUCUCACUCUCAAACAACAAGGGAAAAAAUGUGGAAUUGAAGUUUGUGGAUAAAGUGAAGAGGCAAUACGAGUUCAGUGUAGAUUCCUUUCAAAUUAUCCUUGAUAGUCUAUUGACGUUUCAUGAAAUUUCUGAUCCCGGAACCCCGAUGAGUGAAAACCUGUACCCAACCCUAGUAGCUGAAAGUGUGUAUGGUGAUUUCAAUGAAGCUUGGACGCACCUGAAUUCCAAGCUUAUUGCGACAAGAAAUCCAGAGGAAAUUCGUGGUGGUGGGCUUCUUAAAUAUUGCAAUCUCUUAACACGGAGCUUUCGAGCAGCUGAUAAUAUGGAUGUUUGCCAAAUGGAAAGAUACAUGUGCUCCCGCUUCUUCAUUGACUUUAAUGAUGUGAAGCAACAAAGACAAAAACUGGAAUCUUAUUUGAAUAACCAUUUCAGUGGUGAAGAAGAACUGAAACAUGAAUAUUUGUUGACUUUAUACCGGGUAGUUGAUGAGAGCACAAUUUGUCUGAUGGGCCAUGAAAGAAGACAAACAUUGAACCUUAUUCAGCAAUUAGCGUGUCAAGUCCUUAUGGAACAGGAACAAAAAAUUCACAACAAAUAUUUAGAAAUGCAGCAAUUUGACCAGUUAAAUGGAUUGACAAUUGACCAGGUGUAUUAUGGACCAGUGAAUCUGAACAUUUCUGGUCAGUAUUACUACAACAACAACUACCCUCAGGUUUACAUGAACGGACAAUGUCCGUAUUGUCCUGGUCCAGCAUACCUUCCAUGCUCAUGAAUCCUGUGAAGAGAUUGGAUAAGGUAUACAUGUUUCUUCUGAAUUUUGGUGUUAAACCAUAUGUCUCGCAAAUAUAUUGCAAACAAAAACAUGUAUCCUUUUAAUAAGGCAAAGGCCUUAAAAUUUUACUUUAUUAUGUGAUAGUCGCAACAGAAAACAAUUUGCAAAUUAUCCAGUGAAUUAAAUUGUGUUCAGUGUCUAACAUGACACAUUUGUGCAUAUACACAUCUUUAACAGUUUAAGAAAACACUCCAGUCUAAUAGCUCAAUGAUAGCUUUUAAAAAGGCUGUAUUUUCGCUCAGAUAUAAUAAAGAUAUGUAAUUAUGUAUAUUAAUUAUUAAAUUUGUGUUGUCAUAAUCUGUAAGACGGAUAGGAUUAUGGAACUAGUGUGCAAGGAUUUACCCUAUCUUGUGAGUGUUCAGAGAUUUAUCAUCUGUUUGUGUUAAUAACAUCUAGGAUAGAUUUCCAAGAUAAAUGGCCUUGGAGCUGCUGGAAUGUGCCAAUUCCUGUAAUGCAUAAGAAUUCUUCACAUGAUAUCCCAGAGUAUACAGAUCUGUGCCUGUAAACUUGGAUACUGCUGGGAAUUCAGUACCAAAAUGUGAAACAGUUUUAUGUUUUGUAAACAUUAAAUCAACUUGCAUUUUGUACUAGGCUUUAUAUGUAAACAUACUUCACCUACAGACAGUAGCUACAAACUGAGAGUUUAAGUUGAUUAGAGAUAUUUUUCUAUGUAAAUAAUCCACAUAUAAAUACAUAUAGAUAUAUAUAUAUUAUUGUUAUAUUUCCAAAUUUCAAUUGUAUUUUAUAUAAAUAUUUUUUUUUGCGUUUGAUAUCAUAAUCAGACGGACUGUAUAAUAUUUUUUGUCUAUAUUAAACUUCAUACCUUCUCAUUAGGUAUUACCUAUUAAAAAAAACUGCAAAAUUAUCAGAAAAAAAGGCUUGGCAAAAUUGUACACUUCUUGUGGUACAAUGUCAAAUUCAUGCUGUAGAUAACCAUAUGAACAUGUUAGUAAAGUCCAAAGAUCUAUGAUUUAAAGAUGAACUGCUAUGUUUAUUUCAUUCAUUAUGCAAUCAAAAUAUGAAAAAAUGAAGUUUGUUUUUGAAUGAAAGGUACUGACUUAUAUAAUUUUCUUCUACUCAAAAUUUUGAUAAAGUCAACUUUUUAAUGUGGCCACGACUGGUUAAAGUAUUGUAAAUGUAAUGUUUACUAUGUUAUAGAAUUAAAAAAAAGAGAAGAAUUUUUUCAUUUUAUAAUAUUCUGUUUCCAUGUCUAAAGAAAGACUGCUAUUUUUGUAUGCAUUUAAAGUACUUCUGGAUUAUGCAGUUUAUUGUUUUGUACAAUAUAUCUUGCAUUUAUUUUCUGUGUCUAAAAAUGCAAUGAUCAAUGAACUUUAAGGUUAUCUGCCUAUCAGUAAAUAUGUUGGAAAUAUUAAAUUGAAUAAAGUACUAUAUCUUAGUGAAUUUAUAACUUGAACUUUAUUUAGCCUCAUUGGCAGGUCAGUCUAUUGUGUAAUGAAUAGAUGUAUUUCAUAUUGAUUUAUAUAAAUGUAUGAUAAUUGUUUAAGAUAAAAAUAUACAUAGUAUAUAAUAGUUAUGCUGUAAUGAAAAAAAGUGCCAAUGUCAUUUUUUAUUUGUUUAUAAACAAAGCCGACAUAAACUGUUCUGUUUAUCCUCAUGUUUUAAUGAUUUCUUCAACCACAAUCAGAUAAAAAUUGUUGACAUUUAUAACAGUUAUUUCUGCAAUUAAAUUUUAUCAUUUGUUACAUUUUGAUAAAUUGGAAAGAACGGUAUCAAAUUUAAAAGUGAAAUUUAUUUAAUGUAACUUGUUAUUAGCAGAAAACCUAACCUUUAUUGCUUUAACACUAAAAAUUACUUACCCAUUUUAUUUUAAUGUAGGACAUAAAAUAUUUUUUUGGAAUAU